CUACAGGAAAGAAUCAAGAAGUUGAGCAUGCGCAGUGCCAACCGUGUUACCAUACAAUUGCCGGAAGUAUUGACUACAACCACAAGCGCUGAACAUCGACCGUCGACUCACCGCACAGUUCAUGUCGAAAGGUUAUUUAGUAGACUUUUAAAGUAAUAAUUAAGUAGUAACAUUGUUACUACGCUUCGGGGACUGCACAAUGUCGAGCGGAACGCGUUUAGAAAACGCGAAUCCCUUGAUUUUCCAGCGUUCAGGGGACCGCCUGUUGACAGCAACAGAUGAAGACGAGGAUAUCGUAGAUCCCAUCGACGACAGAGAAAUCUUUGAUCUUAUAAGAAACAUCAAUGACCCAGAACAUCCAUUAUCCCUUGAGGAGCUGAACGUUGUGGAGCAAGUUCGUGUGAAUGUGAGCGAUAAGGAGAAUGCGGUCUCUGUGGAGUUUACCCCCACCAUCCCCCACUGCAGCAUGGCCACCCUCAUCGGCCUGUCCAUCAAGGUCAAGCUGUUACGAUCCCUGCCGGACCGCUUUAAGAUUGAUGUGCACAUCACACCUGGAACUCAUGCCUCUGAGGAAGCAGUGAAUAAGCAGUUGGCAGAUAAGGAGCGAGUGGCGGCCGCUCUGGAGAACGCCCAGCUGCUGGAGGUGGUCAACCAGUGCCUUACAAGCGCCAAGACCAUGUGACCUGUGACCUUUGACCCCACCCACCCCGUGAUAUCAUGCUGACCCCCUGGAUCAUGCGAUAUCACACUGACCCUUCAGAUUAUGUGACACCUGACCCCGCCCCCUCGUGAUGUCAUUGUGAUCCCUUGGGUCAUGUGACAUAGCCCCUGUGAAAUCAUACUGAUCCCCAAGGCCAUGUGACAUGUGACCCCGCCCCCUCGUGACAUCAUUGCGAUAUCUUGGGUCAUGUGACAUAGCCCCUGUGAUAUCAUACUGACCCCCAAGACUAUGUGACACGUGACCCCGCCCCCGUGAUGCCACUGCUGGCCUCAUUUGAGGUGCCGCAUAUCAUAGUGACUGCCAAGACCAUCGGACACGCGACCCCGCCCCCAUGAUGUCAUCACAACCCCCAAGACCAUGUGAUGCAGCCCCUGUGAUGUCAUGAUAGGCUCGUUCGUGACGACGCAGUAAGAUUUUUGCUAGGUUUAACCGGAAUGCAUCAAACUGGCAAAGUGCGCAUGCCCACUGCCUAGCAAAAAUCUUACUGCGUUGUCACUGACCGCCAAACAUCAUGUGACCAUGUGACAUCAUUGCUUUAACACUGCACUUGUUUCUGACAAGUCCGCCUAGACCAUGUUACGCAGCCCCAAAGAUGGAAAAGCGACCACCCAGAUCAUAUGACAGGCCCCUAUAUAGUAUUAGACAUAAAUACGGUAAUAGUGACUUAUUUUUUAGACUGCAUCACAGCAUACUGCUAAACUAAUGUUUGGGAGACAUUGCCCAUAAGACAUCACCAUUUUGAGUGCUCCAUGCAUUUCACCUAACCAGACAGACGAUUUCAAACAAGCCGGUUGACCGCAUUUCAUAGCAGAAGAUUACAAUGGGCGAAUGCCUCUUGGAAGGCUAGAUAGAUGGUUGUCUGGCUAAACCAACAUUAGCAGAGAUCCAACAAGAUUUCAAUAUUGAAUGAAAAAGUAGAUGACGAAUAUUUUCAUGGCACAAAGUGGAAAUAUUGUGUGACUAUCUGAUUGGAUUACAUCAGUAAAUGUGCUGGCAAAUUAUUUGCUGUCGAACUAUUGUAUAUGUAGCUAUUCCAAGAUGCAUUGGUCUGUUGGAAUACACUGUUCUGAAGCCAAAUUAAUUCUGCUAUGUGUAGAGUGUUGGUUAACUGCCUGCCUUAUGGCUGUAGAGCUUCUGGUGGUUAUGACUCUGCUUCAGUUGCUACGUUUACAUGAGACAUUUAAUUCCAAAUUAACUCACUUUAAUUCUGACUAAAGCUUGAUUCCGCUUUGAAAACGUCAUGUAAACACUUCUUAAUUUGAAAUUAAAUGAAAGAUCAAAGUAAAUUUGAGAACUAUUUAAUUCAGAAUUAUUAAUUCGGUAUUAAAACCGUCAUGUAAACGUAGCAACUGUCACCAUCUGCCUGAUUCUAUGGGCUCUCUGAUUAGGCCUGUAGGAGGAUGAGCAGUGACUGAAUGUAUGCCCAAUGACGAUUUCUUCUUUUUUUAACCUUCACUAUGUGCUUUCAAAUCCUCCAUUGUGAAUAAAUAGUGUAGUAUGCAACCGCUUUAUGAGAAUAUGGCAUAAGAUUGUUUUGAGGAAAGUUUUUUUGCGCAUUUGUUUUCAUUUGAGAUGAGUGUAGGCCUAUGUUCGUGGUUUUGCUUAUAAGGAGGACGAUACCAUUAUGUUAGUGCCGAUGGGCAGAGAAGAACUAUCCUUCUCAUGAAAUCAGUCUGAGAAGGUUUUUGUUCAUCACACCGUACAUGGCUUAUUGGAAAUAUACAUAUUGUUGUUCUAGCAAUGCGUUUUGGACAUAUUUCAGUAAUAAAAUGAAGGAAAAUGUUUGUAAAAUUGUCUUUGAAUGAUGAUAUGUAGGCUAUGUCUGUGUUGGAGAUAAUAUAGAAUUUCAGAUGUGUUUCUGUUCACCUCGGUGUUCAUUUUAGGAACACUUUGUAUUCUCUUUUGCACCGAGAAAGAAUAAAGAUACUUGA